AUGGGUGCAGGCCGCAAAGCUAACGGCUCACGAUCAAGCUAUCGUAGCAAUGCAACCAAUGCACCCGCAAGCACAAAGACAGCUGCGAAAACAAAAGCGCCCAAACGUAAUGCAAAGACUGCAAAACGGCGCAACGAGACCAUUUAUAUAGCUGCACCCGAUGCUACUGCCGCACAGAGAGGCCUCGAUGACAAUGCAUCAGAUCAAGAUGAUGCUGGCAUGGCGAUAGAUGAGGAUCUGCAGGAUCUGGGCGAUAUGGCAGACGCGUUCCUUACCGGCCUCGACCACAAGAACAUUGCAAAAUCGAGAGCAUCUAUUGCACAGGAGCACAAGCACUUCAAGGCUACUGCGCCAAGGCCAGCAAGACCCGUCGACAAGCUGCCAAAAGUUUCUUUGCCGCCUGCUGUUGCUGCCGUCACAGCAAAGCCCGCGAUCAGAUCAGUCAACGGCAAAGGGAAAGAAAAGGCGAGGGAAGAAGAUGUGGAGUCUGACAUGUCUGGCGAAGCUCUCGAUGCUUUAGACGAGGACGAUUUCGCGUUUGGAAGCGGUGACAGUGACGAUGAGCUCAGUCUUAUGUCAGACAUCGAUGACGACUCGGACGAGGACAUGUCAGAUCCAGAAUCGCUCGCCAGUGAGGAUGAAGACAUCUCGCUGGACAGUGAGCUCUCAGGCGAUGAGGAUAGCGAGGAAGAAAUGUCAGAGCACGAAUCAGACAUUGAGCGUGACUUCGAAGAGCGGUACGCCAAGCGAAGGCCAGAUGAGCAACAAGUCAGGAAUCAGAGGUUGCCUGUCAUAUCUGGCAAGCAGAUCCAACGGCGAGAAAGAUCUACUUCGCCAGAUGCUGCAGCAGACAGCAAGAGUCGUGCUACGUUUGAAGCUCAGUCUGACACUUCCGAAGAGGCCCCACCCGAGCCCGUGCCUGUCAUGAAUCCCUUCGGAGCACGCUUUGGCAGACCAGCAGUACAGGCUGUGCUGGAAAUCGACGAUCUCAAAGCACGUAUCCUUGCAGCAAGAGUGGAGAUUGCUCAGCUUGGUCGAGACAUCAUCUCAGAUCCCGAACAGUCACUCAAUCUACUCAAACGCCUGCUGUCUUUCGCUGCGCCCAGUUUCAAGGUGCCUGCGACCCAGCAAAGUCUCAAAGUGCCGCCAGCUAUCCGCGUCAUGGCCAUUAUGUCCCUCCUUGCCGUCUUCCUCGAUAUCAUCCCUGGCUAUCGCAUUCGGCCCGUCACAGCAGCAGAAAAGCAGAGCCGAGUUAGUCAGGUCAUACAGAGGCAGCGAGAAUGGGAAGAGGGCCUCGUGGGCUCUUACAAGAAAUACCUGACCAUCCUCGAGAAAGAGACCAAAGACCGGAUGGUCGUCUCCGCCGUCGCUUUCAAAUGCAUGUGCGAGCUUGCAAAGACCAAGACUCACUUCAACUUUGCGCCCAACAUCAUGGAUGUCUUGAUCAAAAAGCUCGCCAGGCGUGGUUGGGAUGAGACUUCUGAUCAAUGCCUCGCAGCGAUCGUGACAAUAUUUGCCAACGACCUCUCGGGGGCAGACUCACUCCACAUCGUCAGACUGAUCAAUCGGAUGGCAAGGGCCAAGGAAUUUAACAUUCAUCCUGGCAUUUUGACGUGUCUCUUGCACCUACGCCUGCGUGAUGACCUAGGCAAUCUGCGCGCUAGUGAUUCCAGAGUCGACAGACCGAUUGCAAAUGGUCAAGCGAACGGCGCUAAGGUACACGGGCGCGAUGUCGGGAAGAAGAACAGCCUGAAGGAGCAGCAUAUAUCGAAGAAGGUCAGGAAAGCGCGAAAGGAUCGUGCAGGUAUCGUCAAGGAGAUUGCCGAAGCAGAGGAGUCUAUCUCGAAAGAGACUAGAGAGAAGAAUCAAACUGAGACCCUGAAGAUGACCUUUUCGCUCUACUUCCGCAUACUAAAGUCAUCCACGCCUUCACCGCUAUUGCCUGCGGCGCUAGAAGGCCUGACAAGAUUUGCGCACCUUGCCAACGUCGACUUUUUCAAGGAUCUGCUGGCCGUGCUUCGCGGUCUAGCUGAAGACGAUUGGCCCAGCACAAACGAUAGCGAAUAUCAGACAGACGCGCCGAUACCUGCGCAAUUCAGACGACAAUUACUCUGCAUCGUGACUGCCUUUGAACUUCUCUCAGGCCAAGGCAGUGCGCUCAAUCUAGAUCUUUCGGCCUUUGUCACCCGUCUGUACACUCUUCUUCGACAGCUCGCGCUGAGUACGACUCUCGAGGAGCGACCAGAGUUAACAAAGUCAGCCCAGUUACAAGUGCAAGCCAGCGAGCGGAUCAAAGCGCCAGCGCCCAUGACAACAGCAAGCGAGGCCGAUCUCAUCUUUCGCGCUCUGAGCGCAGUCUUCCUCUCGAGUCGAACACAAAAUUCGCCUACAAGGACGCUUGCGUUUACCAAGCGGCUGCUGCUCUGUACACUACACUGGCCGCCCACCACUGUUCUGCGAACCUGCGGCCUGAUCAAGCGAUUGCUUGUCAAGGAACCUAUUUUGCAGAGCAUGCUGCUCACCGAGGACAGACAAGACGACGGGAUCUACAAGCCGGAAGUCGAUGACCCAGCUUUGUGCAACCCAUCGGGAGCUCUGUGGCACGAGCUCGUGAUUCUCGAAAGCACUCAUUAUGACGAUCGGGUCAGGAGUGCAGCGAGAGAGCUGGCCACUUGGACGCCAGAGUGA